AUGCCGCCGAAGCAGGACAACGUGCAGAAGCUUCUCGCCGCGGAGGAGAAGCGCAACAAGCUCAUCUCCGACGCCAAGGCGCGCAAGCAGCAGAAGGUAAAGCAGGCCAAGACCGACGCCGAGCGCGAGGUUGCCUCAUUCCGCGCGGACAAGGACAGGGAGUACGACAGGUACCGCGCGCAACAGAACGGCGGCGCCGAUGCCGAGAACGCCGAACUCGCUCGUGAGACGGACAGGGAGCUAGAGGAGCUCAAGAGGCUGACGGCACAGCGCAUGGACGCCGUAGCGAACAUGAUGGCCAGGCUGAUAGUGACGGUGAAGGAGUAA